AUGUUCAAUACAAAUGAUAGUCACACAUUCAUGUUUCACAUUAUAGAUAAGGCUGAACAAACACCAUAUGGAGGCAAUAUAAAAACAUUGCUGGGACUAAAAGAAAGUAGAUGGCAGAUUAUUUCGGAUGCAACAAAUUUUCCAGGCCUUGUUAUUACCUCUCCGUCUGGAUCGUUAGUCACUACGUCAUCGUCUGUGCAGACUUUUCCAGUUUCUGCCCCUCCUGCCAUGAUUGUGUCUGCACUGCAAGGCUCACAUGGUCUACAGGUUGUUCCAGAUGUCAAAAAGCAAGAAGAAGAUGCUGCCGCAGUUGCUGCUAUCAUGAAACCAAGGGGCAGGAAAAAGAAGAGAUUGACAGAAUCUGGGCUUCCAGCAGCACUUCAUGAUCCGUACGAGCUCAAUGACGACGACGAUGCCAGUAAAGACGGGAAAUCCUACAGAUGUCGGAUGUGUUCCUUGACUUUCUUCUCCAAGUCAGACAUGCAGAUUCACUCCAAGUCGCACACAGAAACAAAACCCCACAAGUGCCCACACUGUUCGAAGACCUUUGCUAACAGCUCCUACCUGGCACAGCACAUACGCAUCCACUCAGGUGCCAAGCCUUACACCUGCAGCUACUGCCAGAAGUCCUUUCGCCAGCUCUCCCAUCUCCAGCAGCACACACGCUCUCUGCACGCCAAAUGCCUCACUGAGAUGAAGCCACACAGCUGUCCGUAUUGCUCCAAAUCCUUUGCCAACAGCUCGUACCUCGCCCAGCACAAACGGAUCCACACGGGUGCAAAACCAUACAGCUGCAUCUACUGUCAGAAAUCCUUCCGUCAAGUCUCCCACGUACAGCAGCACACACGAAUUCACACAGGGGAUAGACCAUACAAAUGUGCCCAGCCUGGGUGUGAGAAGGCCUUUACUCAGCUAUCAAAUCUUCAGUCUCAUAGACGACAGCACAACAAAGACAAACCGUUCAAAUGCCAUAACUGUCACCGAGCAUACACAGAUGCCUCCUCACUUGAAAUUCACAUGACCACUCACACUGUGAAGCAUGCUAAAGUCUACACCUGCUCCAUCUGUACUCGGGCGUACACAUCAGAAACAUACCUGAUGAAACACAUGAGAAAGCACACUGGUCCUGACCCUCAACAGCAGCAGCAGCAGCAAGGAAACCCCUAUCCUUCACCUCAGCAAGUCCCAUCGUCUGAGGCACCUCAAUGCUCUUUUGACAUGAACCCAUACAAAAAUGAUGCACAUAAAGACUUGUGCCUCACCGUCAGUACCAGCGCCAUCCAGGUGGAUCAUCUCUCAAGUUCCUAGUGAAGCCUUUUUCUACUUUGCCUCAUCUUUUGUGUCCCCAGUCUAUUCACUUCCUGAGGCACCUUAAUAAAGUGAUUAAAACUCAUCUCCUUCCAACAGUGGAUCUCUGUUUGCUAUGGCUUUAUUCCUUCUGUUUAGCAAAGUGGACAGAAUAGCAAAGACAGAGACAGAGAUCUGGACAAGCUUUUGGGACCAGUGCACAGAAAUUGGCAAGCAAGCCUUUUUACUUUCUGUUUUAAUGGUCUGCAUCAGUCCAAAAGGCAAAAAAGGCAAGGUUGCACUUCCCUCUGUUCCCCAAAAAGCAUUCAGCCAUAUUCUGAGAUGCUGAAAGACUUGACUUACUCGUCACUGUGGAUGAUGUGUUCUUUUUCUCACUCAUGGAUUUUCACAUGUUCUCCAGCAAAGAAGAAAAGUAAAUUUCUUUUCAUUAAAUAGUUAUGAGGGAGUGAUUUUUUAUGAUGAUUCCCGCAGCAUGUUUGACAGAUAAAGGAGAUGAACGGACAGAAAUGGGGGCACAAGAUAAACUUUUAGGUGUUGCAGCAGACAGCAGUGUUCCAAGGAGCAGAUUGUUGGCUUGGAACAGCCACUGUUUUAGCAGAACUUAGUGAAGUGUGGGAUGCUUCACUGAUGGAGGAAGUGGACAGUCGUGGAAUGCCCCUCCAUUACUUCUACCCCUGUGAAGACUGCUUCACAAGAGUCACACCAGACUGGUUGUCUUUAUGAAGAUACCCACUGGAAACUAUCUUGAGUUAUCUAGCUAUAUUUUUGUUUUGCUAUUUUUACAUUUGUUACAACAUAUUGAGUAGGCUGCAGUUACAUCACAGCCUCUGACUAAUCCCAGAAGCAGUGUCUUUUGGGUGUUUUUUUUUUUUUUUUUUUUUUUUUUU